AUGGAAAAAGUUUUUCAAAAGGUCCCAAGACACUUAGCAAUACCACAACGAGGACAACCACCAGCCAUGUCCAGAUCGUUGAUAUCCCAGCUUAAUAGGUUGAGCCUACGUUUAAGCAAGAGGUGCUUUAGUCACACAUCCAUUGCCUGUGAAGAAAUAAUUGUUACAACCACAACCACUACUGGAUCAAGCGACAAUCUCACCUUUGAUGAACAACUUCCACGUACCAAUUCAUUCGGUAGAAGUAACAGACCUACUCAGUCCUACUCACCUCAUCAAGUGACUGAGAACUUGACCAUGUCUGAACUAAAUAGAAUACGUACUACUCCAACCUUGAUGACUUUUUAUGGAGGCAACCCAAUUCAUGAAAACAAUAUGAAUCACUUGAGGCUGUUGUUGCGUAAAUAUCAAUACUUGCCAACUAAACCAUUAAGCGACGAUGAAUUACAAAGCAGAAAAUUCUUGGGUUAUGAAGCUUAUAAAGAACGUACUCAAUCGGGAACUAGAGUCAAGAAAAUCCAUUAUCGAGAUUUAAUAUCCAGUUUGAAUCGUUUGAGAGUUAUUGAUUCCCAAUUGAUGCCUAUUGAGGUGAUCAAUACUUUGGAUAGUUACUACUCCACAUCAAUAAACAAGACAGCCUUGAGUAAAAAAAUUAAACAGUUGGAUGAAUUUGGUCGAGCUAAAACUCAAGCUAAAAGAAAAGCUUCAUUGGCCAGGAUUUACCUUGUUAAAGGAGAUGGGUCAAUCUUGGUCAAUGGCAAAAGUGCAGUGGAAUAUUUUACGAAUGUUUACGCAAGAAAGAAUUUAGUUUAUCCAUUCCAAGUUGUUGAACAAGAAGGUCAAUACAAUGUCUUUGCAGAAGUUAGCGGUGGUGGAUAUACUGGCCAAAGUGAAGCUGUCAUGUAUGCUAUAGCUAAAGCUCUUGUUGUGUUUAACCCAUUGUUGAAACCAAGAUUAUCUAAAGCUGGAUUGAUGACUAGUGAUGCAAGAGUUGUUGAAAGAAAGAAACCAGGUAAGGUCAAGGCUAGAAAAUCACCUACUUGGGUUAAACGUUAG